GUCAGCACGUCAACCAACACGAAGGCAGUUUCUGUUGGCGACGGUGUGGGCUGUGUUUCUCGGAAGCGGUGCUGCGCUGUUGUGUGUGUUGUCGGUCUCACAUUCUUGGUGAAAAGUGUGCCCGCGAUAGUAACAAGUGCUGCACACAAGCAACGCGCGGAUCGGUACCGGAUAAUUAAAAGAACAUCCCCUCCAACCACGGCAGUCAGUUGAAUCUCAUCACAACGUGUAUCUCAAUUUCGUCGUCUUUAAAAAGCAAUCUCGUCACACGGACGUGCGUGUGUGUGUGUUUGUAUGUGUAGUGCUGUUGUUUAUGUGUGUAAUAUACGAUUCUUUGUACAGUGCACCGUCCAAAUUCGUACGAAUACAGUGUAAGCAUAACACGGAAAUUCCUCAUUUAGCUCCAUACGGUCUCAAACGAAACGUUAUUAAAAUCGCGCUUUAUUACAAGAGUUAUCGUGUGUGUGGGGCGAGGAAGGAUGCAGUUACGUUUUUUGUGUGUACUGAUUCAACAGUAAUCUCAAUCUGUGAUCUGCACCGUAGCGCAUUAUCACUCAACUACUCUCUGUUAGCCGUGUGUUGCACACCUGAGCAGCAGCAAAGGCAAGGAUGCAGUGGUGAUAAACGAAGCAGGCCAGGGCCAGAGUCCGUAUGUGUGUGUGUGUGUGUGUUUGUGUCUGUGUGCUGAGGGUGUAGUAUAGUGCAUUCGCGGGGAUCUCGUCUACCACCCUACGCUACGCGCGAGAGAUUACAUCAUCCGCACAGCGUGUUGUUGUACACAAACUCUCGCUCCGUGUGUGUAUACUCUCUCUCUGUCACACACUCUCAGUGUUGUACAUUUCGCGUACACGCACCGCGACGCCACGACGCGGCGCUCUAGUUAUCUCUAGCAGACCGAGGAGUCUGCGUUCGGUUUCUGGUUGGACCAUUCGGUACCGAGCCGCCGCACCGUUUGUGCCACAAGAGCAUAUUUUAUCCAUUGUGCAAAUAUCAUUCGAAAGGUGAAGUAGUGUGCUGCCAGCCCCGUUGUGUGUGUCUGUGUGUCUGCCAGCAUCGUCAGGCGUGUUUUUGACCGUGUCAGCUUGCCCCCUUACGACCGCGUGUCACCGUGCUUUCCUGGCAUUGCGUGUGUGUGUGUGUUUGUGGAUUGUUUUGUGCGUGUGUGCUAAAUGAAAGUGAACGAAAUUGUCUCGUGUAAUGUACGUCCCAGUACACUGGUAAUAAAGAGAUAGAGUGAAAAGAGAAAGAAAGAAAGAGGAGGUGGGGCAAAGGUUGUCGUCCAAAAAGUAGAGCAAAAGUGCGAUCAAUAAAUAUCGUUAUCGUAUCCAGUGAAUCGUGAUAUAUUCAACCGCACAUACUCACCUACACACAUAUAAACACGAAAGUACGUGCGCAUCAACGCUGCAUUGCCGUACGGUCCCGGCAGCAACAGCAGCAGCAGCAGCAGCAGCAUCCCUUUCUCACUGUUCUUCCUCCGGAAGUGAAUUUGUUGCCGAAUUAAACCGACACUGUCCACCGACCGCUCGUCCCCAUCGUGCCCUCGUUCCUGCUUGUACCAGUGCACGGACACGAUGAGUGCCAGCAGCAGCCACGGACCGUCCGCUUCCGUCAGUGCCGUGUCCACGCCGAUCAAUGCCGGCACGCGGCCAGAUUCGGCGCCCGCCUUCGGCAGCUCGCACCAGGCGUCCACACCGCCCAACUCGGGUGGCAAAUUUCUCGACGUCAAGACGGAGGAGAAGAAAAACCGCCGAACGUCACUGCAGAUGCUUCUGCCCAAGCUUCCAUCGAACGACAGUGCCGGUCCCAGCCCGGGACCGUCCUCGCCAGGAAUCACGGGAUGGAACGACAACAGCCCCAAGAUCGAGUCCGGCUUCCCAGACAAGAACGAUUCCGCCAAACUCAAUCGGAAGGAGUCGUACAAAGCACAGCGAAAGAACUAUCGGCGCGAGAAGAAGCGGGUGGCAUCGGAGCUACUUAACUCACUGCAGGACCCGGCCGUCAUCGUGCUGGCCGACUGGUUGAAGAUUCGAGGGACGCUGAAGUCAUGGACCAAGCUGUGGUGCGUGCUCAAGCCGGGCCUGCUGUUCAUCUACAAGAGCCCGAAAACGAAGAGCAGCCACUGGGUCGGUACGGUACUGCUCACGUCCUGCCAGGUGAUCGAGCGGCCGAGCAAAAAGGAUGGCUUCUGCUUCAAGCUGUUCCACCCGCUCGAUCAGACGAUUUGGGCCCCGCGCGGCCCGGACAAGGAAACGAUGGGCGCGGUGGUGCAGCCCCUGCCCACCUCGUACCUGAUCUUUCGGGCCCCGAGCCAGGCGGCGGGUAAAUGCUGGAUGGACGCGCUGGAGCUGUCGCUGCGCUGUUCGGCCCUGCUGGUGCGUUCCGUGCUAAACAUUGACACCAAUCUGAGCGAGGGAGCAACCAGCACCACGCACGAAACGCAAUGGUCGGAGGCGGAUUACGAGAAACACUUCGAUGAGCAUGCACCUCGCCUGAAGGAACAUUUAAACUAUCUGCUCAAGUAUCUUCCUCCAUCUCCGCCGGAGAAGAAAAACCUGCGCGUAGAACCGAUAGAAAAGUCCCUGCCCCGUAGUGCCUGUCCCUCGCCGACACCGAUCUUUCAGCAGCUCUACCUGGCGGUGGCCCACUGGGAGCGUUAUCUGCGCGAUUCGCCGGACUUUUUCCGCUGCCGGUCGGUGGACGUUGGCGGGCCGUUGCGGCGCCGAAUGCCCUCGUCCUCCGGCACGGUUUCACCGGCCGGCGCCGACGGGGACGAGGAGGAGGACGAGGAAGUGUUCCGGUGCGGCGGCCGGGACGAUGGGACGAUGCUGAUGGCGGGCGGCCGGCGGCGCAACUCGUACCAGGUCGGCACUGCGGCGGAAACCGGCGACACCUGCAAGCUGAUGGCGGUUAACGGGUCGGAGAAGCUGCGGCGCCGCAGCUCGCCAGCAGACUUUUCGCAAGGUCACCAUGGCAUCACUAUACGCAUCUCUGAUGAUCAAUAUUUGGACAUCGACAGCCAGCUGGAUCAGGGCACGAUGGUGUCGGCGGGCGAGUCAGAUUCUGAGUCAGACCUGGGCGAAGGAAUGGAUGUGGAGGAAUUUCCCGAAACACCGUAUGUUCACUCACCGGAGGAGGAAUUUGGCGCGGCUGGCGAGCAGGUGGAAGAGCUACCGGAGGAGCAUAAAAGUUUAAUCUGGUUCCUGGUGAAGCAGGUCCGCCCAGGGAUGGAUCUCAGCAAGGUAGUGCUACCAACGUUCAUACUGGAACCGCGCUCGUUUCUGGACAAACUGGCCGACUCAUACUACCAUGCCGACAUACUGUCGAAGGCUGUGCUGGAAGACGAUCCGUUUACGCGCAUGAAAACCGUCGUCCAGUGGUAUCUGUCUGGGUUUUACAAAAAGCCCAAGGGCUUGAAAAAGCCGUACAAUCCUAUCCUGGGCGAAACGUUCCGAUGUUACUGGCAGCAUGAGAACGGGAGUAGAACGUUCUACAUCGCCGAACAGGUGUCCCACCAUCCGCCGGUGUCCGUGUUCUACGUGACCAACCGGCAGGACGGAUUUUGCAUUAGCUGUAGCAUUCUGGCGAAGUCGAAAUUCUACGGCAACAGCACAUCGGCCAUCCUGGAGGGUGUGGCGACGCUGACGCUGCUGCCGCGCGGCGAAAGCUACACGCUGGCCGUACCGUACGCGCACUGCAAGGGCAUCCUAAUGGGGACGCUGUCGAUGGAGCUGGGUGGUAAAGUUUCGAUCGAAUGCGAAAACACGGGCUACAAGACGGAGCUAGAGUUUAAGCUGAAACCGUUCCUGGGAGGUAACGAAUACACGAAUCUGGUCGUAGGUAAGCUGAAGCUGGGCAAGGAAACGAUGGCCACCAUCAACGGGCACUGGGAUAGCGAGAUACGGAUAAAGGACUCGCGCACCAACGAAGAGACGGUGCUUUUCAAUCCCACGCCGGACAUACGAAACCGGCGGCUGAAGCGCUUUACCGUGCCGAUGGAAUCGCAGGGCAUGAACGAGUCGGAACGGCUCUGGCAGCACGUCUCGGCGGCCAUCCAUCGCGAUGAUCAGGUGGGCGCGACGGAGGAAAAGACGGCCCUGGAGGAGGCGCAGCGCAUCUCGGCCAAGGAGCGGAAGGCAACCUGCACUGAGUGGGUGCCGCUGCUGUUUCAGCAGGACUUUGUCACCGGCCAGUGGCACUACAAGUUUGCGGAUCUGCGGCCCUGGGAUCCGCGGAACGAUCUGCGGCAGUACGAGAGUAACUAUCGCAUUCAAACGAAGACGCGGCAUCAAGCCCCGAUGGUGCGUACAGCUUCGGUCGUCAGCACGGAUCCGCUCAACAUACUGCAGGUGGAUUCGCGUGGUUCGCUGCGCAAAAAUCGCUCGGGCGUGAUGAAAUCCAGGAAGAUAUCUUCCAACACAUCGACGCCGGAUCUGAACGAUCCCAACUCGGACUCUAGUCAUUCGAACGACCAUGACACCGUACUAUCAAGCACAAGAAUCAUGCAAACGCUCGAUGAUAUCAAUAAAAAGCUGGAGGAGCACUCCAAAAAGCUCGUCAAGCUGCAGCUGGACAUGGACAAGAUACACUGGGCGCCGCCUCGAAGGCAGCAGAUCAAUGCUGACGGUCCGUUGGCAUUCCUUUCGUCGAUUAACGUUAAGACGUUGGUGUUGAUCGUUGUUGGACUGUUGGUACAGCUGUUACUUUCAUGGUUUCUUAUCAAGCGUUCACUUACCACGGUGACCACUUCGGAUGCCAGGGAAGGUGGUGACGGUGAUGGUGGGGAAAGUGCAGGAAAUAAUUCAAAUUAAGCACGUUAGGUGGCUUCACAGCAAUCAUAUGCAAGGUACACGUUAGAUAACGCUAUUUGAUACUCUUUUAUAUACAUUUAUCGAUCAAUCGACCGACGGAAAACCGCUUUGCGAUGCAGCAGUAUAAAUUUCCCUAUACCGAUAUACUACUAGGCGCCUCCAUUUACUGCAGAAUAUAGCCAAAAGAAGAAAAAAAAACUUUAUAUCUUUGUUACAGAUUUAGAUAAAAACUUGAAUAUUUAACACAAGCUUGAACAAAACAAAAAAACAUGGACACUUUUGUACAAUCUCUACAGAAACUCGUAACGGAACGGCUGAAAGCUCGCAGUUGAGCUUUCGCCAGACACAUCCUCUCCGGAAAGGUUUUCCCAUUUUGCCGAUGGCUUCUCUGCUCGACGGUAACAUUCCAUUAUGCUUUGUUUGCCGCCGGCGGCUAGCGAAGACACAGUUGCCGUGCGGCAGAGCCCUCUGGUGAGAUUUUUGUGCUUCUAUCAGUCAUGCGUACAUUAGAAUAAGCCAAGACACACAGAGUGUUGUGUUUCACAAAAUAAAAACAAAUAAAUAUGGUUUUCGGGUUGACGAUGCAUUGUUAAGAGCUUCAUACACAUAAUCUACAAAAGUGAAGAUAACAAAACAAAGCAAAAAAAAAAAUUUAAUGACGAAUGGUUUCUAGAAACGUUGUAAUCUCGAAUCACAGUAUACACACGUACUGCUAGUAGUCGUUGAUUUAGAGUGUUAGACGCCAAACGUUGAUUUAGCAAAUGCAAGGCGGAUGAUCAAUUAUUAUCGUGUUUGUAAACAGUCGGGUGGAGGAGGACUUUUAGAUUAAAACACCCUCUCAUUUGCUUUCGCCUCAACGCUGCGUAUCACGUAUCUCCCUUUUGAAGUCAUUGUUUCGCUAUUCCGCUCUCGCCAAAGCCACGCUUUGCGCUUAGCAGGGCGUUGUGCAGUAUACUUAUAUUAAUAAUUUUGCCCGUAGUUUUUAAUGGUGUUACAAUUGCAAUAAUGAACGAAAUGGUAUUAGAUUAAACAAGUGGUGUACUGACAGCACACAGGUCUGUCUCAGGCUGGGAAUGAAAGUGAUCCAUACCAUCGCUGGCAUAAUCAUCUUGUUAUUAACUGGAAUAAAUUUUGACGAGUGGCAAUCUCUGGCAAUGAA